AUGGCGCAGCAACUCGUGCAACUUAACCCGGGUGACCAGGUCGACCGCUGGCAUAUUGAUAAGAAGCUCGGCGAAGGCGGAUUCGGCGCCGUCUACAUGACACGAAUAAUCUCACUUCCAUUGCUACCUGGAAAAAGACUAAGAUUCUUCCAGGUAUCGGACUGUACGGGAAAGUACGCGCUGAAGGUCGAGGGUGUCAACGAGCAAAUUCAGGACACGAACGAAUUGCUUCAGGUACUGAAAAUGGAGGUGUAUGUGCUCACCGAGCUCAACAAACGUAACAAUCGACACUUCUGCAAAAUUGAGGACAAGGGGCGUUUCGGGACAUUUAAUUAUGUUGUCAUGACUCUGGUUGGCAAAAGUUUGCAGGAUCUUCGAAAAGCGACCCCAGCACAACAUCUCUCGAUGGGUUCGGCACUCGGCGCUGGAAUCCAGGCACUGGAGGCACUUGAAGAUCUUCAUGCAAUCGGUUACCUCCACAGGGACGUGAAGCCUGGAAAUUACACGGUUGGUCGCCAGGAGCUUAACGAACUGCGUAAAGUUUAUGUGCUUGAUUUCGGGAUGUGCCGAAAGUAUACGAACUCACAGAAUGUGAUUCGCAAGCCGCGAGCGGCAGCUGGCUUCCGUGGCACCGUCCGCUAUGCGCCGAUAUCGUGCCACCUACAGCGCGAAUUGUGCCGUAAAGAUGAUGUUGAAACGUGGAUUUACAUGCAAGUCGAGCUCACCACUGGGAAUCUGCCAUGGAAAAAUGUCGCUGAUAUGAAUCAGGUUGGGGAAUAUAAAAAACGUUGUCGUUUCGAGCCGGCAAUUAACGAACUAAUGGGUGGCUGCGCCCCGGAACUGAGACAGAUCAUGCAAAUCGUUGAUGGCCUGAAAUACUACGAUCAGCCACCGUAUCAGCAAAUUUAUCAGCUGAUGCGUCAGUCGUUCCAGACGAUGGGCUGUCAGGAAUUUCCGUAUGACUGGGAAAAACCCGGUGGUGGCAUCUUCUGA